AUGAAUUCGGAGAUUGCUCGUUUGGAAGAGUUAAAGCAAGCUGAAAUUCAAUUAAUGCAAUAAGUAUAUGAGUAGAAAAUCAAUUAUUUGAAUACAAAGUUGUAAUUAUUGACGAAAGAGGUGAGCAAGAAGGAUCAGGAGAUAAUGCAAUUUAGUUAAUAAAAUUAAGGCGUAAACAAGGUGAAGACUGAGUAGAGUUAGAAGGAUUUGGAGGCUGAGAAACAAUAUUAGAAGGAGUAUUUGAAUGCUUUGUAAUUGGAGAAGGAGUAGGAAGUGGCCAAAUUAAAGAAUCAAUAUGCACAAGAUAUAUAGAAUUGUCAAAAUUUGUUGAGGAAUAGGGAUAAAAUAAUAGAGCAGUUGAGUAGUGAGUUACAGCAACAUAGAUAACAAUCUUUGAAGUACAUGGAUAAUUAGAAAAUUUAAUACUUAUCAUAAAUUCUUGAUUUGUCUAGUGAAUUAUAAUUAUUAUUGUGA